AUGAUUGGUACUGCGAAUAAAUCAUUACUGAAUGUCACCAAAAACGAAUGUAUAUGUGAAAUGAUGAAAACAAAUGCAUUAUUAUCUGGAUUAAACUAUUUUUCGACGAAUGGAACUUGUCAAUUAUUUUAUUCGAAUAACAAUUCCGCUAUUAUUGAAUUUAAUUCGAAUUCGAAUUUUAUGUUUUUAAACUUCUCAGCAAUAUCAAUAACAAAUAAACCAAUCGUGUUUUUGACGCCAACAAUCACUACCUCAUCAACCUCAUCAUCAUCAACCUCAUCAUCAUCAACCUCAUCAUCUUCAACCUCAUCAUCAACCUCAUCAUCAUCAACCUCAUCUUCAACCUCAUCAUCUUCAACCUCAUCAUCAAUUACAACAACCAUCAACAAUCCAUGGAUAUGUUCAAAUAUGACUGUUUUACAUGAGAAAGAUAUGUUUGGCAAUGAUAUAGUUCAUCAGCAACCAAAGAAUUACAAUGAAUGCUGUAAUUGGUGCUUGUCGAUGUCUGGAUGUCUUGGAUUUGUAUGGGGCUGGCCAAAUAAUUCAAACUCCUUUCAACAGUCUCAUUGUUGGCUGAAAAGGACGCUUAUUACUCCAACCAACCUUGCGCAAGUUACCACUGCUCACUUCUAA